ACUCUGUGAGAAUAUAAAGCCCUAAAGUUUGCACGGACAAGACUGACCAAGAACUCUUCUUCCUCGGCCGUCGACGUUCUCCACAAAUCCAGAGACAAAGGCAAUUUUAGAUUAAUGGCGGAGAUUAAACCAUUGAUCGGUCUUAAAUGGGAACCAAAGCUUCCAGGCUUGUCGUUAGAUUCCAAAACUGGUUCCAGUUCAAGCAAAGUAGCUGAGCAGAGACACGAAAGCGGUUCUCUCUGGACUUCUAACUCAGAGCUCGUUGAUGGACUUUGUCUUCCUCCUACUGAUCCAAGGAAGAUUAACAAGAUGAGUAGAAAGAAUCUCAAAGACUCCGCUGGACCAGACUGGUAUGAUAUGCCGGCACCAACAAUGACUCCCGAGUUGAAAAGGGAUCUUCAGAUGCUUAAGUUGAGGAAUGUAUUGGAUCCUUCCCAGCACUACAAGAGAGUUGUGUCCCGUUCAAAAUUAGCUGAAAAAUAUUUCCAGGUUGGCACAGUAAUUGAACCAUCUCAAGAGUUCUACGGGAGAUUGACAAAGAAGAAUAGAAAAUCAACUCUUGCUGAUGAGUUGGUGUCAGACCCCAAAACUGCUCAGUACCGGAAGCGUAAAGUCAGGGAGAUUGAAGAGAAGAACAGAGAUGUUCAGAAUAAGAAAUGGAAGAGAAAGGGAAAAGACUCCAAGAGCGCAAAACAUAGAAGGAACUGAAUUUACAUUUAUUAGAAUAUGGUUGCAGUUUUGGUACACCUUACCUUUGUAAUGACUGUUGUUGUUUUAAAUUGAUUGAAUUUUAAGGUUUCGUUGGCAAUCACC